AUGGGCAUCUUGGCGUUUGAAGUGGCCGGGCUGAUGCACCGGGUCCUGGAUCUCUGGAGCCAAUUGGAACCUGGACACGUGGCAGAGCUGAGGCAGCAGCUUCAGAGUGAGAACCUGGAGCGGCUGGGAGUGGGCGAUUUCACCUUCCGGUGGCGCAUGGCAGGCCUGGAGUAUUCCAACGAGCUGCUGCUGCUGACAGCUGGCGUGGCGGCAUUGGCCCGGCAGAGUGGGGGGGCGGUGGGGGGGCAGGUGCAGCAGGUGCUGAGGGCGCAUGCACGGAGGAGGGAGAAAAGGGAGAAGGCUGUGGGGAAGGCAGAGGCAGAUGAAGUGCAGCAGGUGCUGAGGGCGCAUGCAAGGAGGAGGGAGAAGCGAGAGAAGGCGGUGGGGAAGGCAGAGGCGGAUGAAGUGAUGAGGUUCCUGCGAGACCAUUUGGGCCCAACGGGCAUUUUGAAGCGCGAGAUGGAGGCACUGGACGAAGCCAUUGCCAGCACUUCAUCUGAUGGCGAUGCAUACUCGUUUGAGGACAAGCAACCCACUCAGACAUACCCCGAGGACUACUUUGUCAUCCAGGGGCAGAAAGUGCAGCAGCUGCAGAGGAGCUCCCUGUGGUCGCACAGCCUUGAGAGAAUGGCCAAGACCCUGGCGGUGGCGGUCGGCAUUCUUUGGCAGCAUCUGAGGGAGGUGUAUGGGUGGCCGGAUCCCAUAGGGCCAGGCGACCUGGAGGGCACAGUGGGGCAGGCAGGGCUGCCGAUGCUGUAUGCGCGUGUGCUGGCUGCUGUCAGUCAGUUAGCUGUUACCAUGCCCGGGACACCUGCCUUCACCGACAAGAGGAAGGACCUCUAUCUCAUGCUCCCCACGUUCAUUCGCCAUCAGCUGCACUCCCGCCUGCGCGUCUCCCGGCGCCGCCCGCUGGACGAGGUGCUGCUGGGGGAGCUGCGGCAGCUGGCAGCGCAGAUGUUCUGCUGGCUCAUGCCCUUCAGCCAGGCCACGCUGCAGUGGGUCAAUGACCGCUCGCAUAGUGGAAGGGUGGCGGGGCGACAGAGGGUGCUGCUGGUGCAGGUGGGUGUGCGCGUGGGAGGGGUAUGGAGGGGCAUGGGAGCUCACAGUAGGGCAGCUGGCAGCGCAGAUGUUCUGCUGGCUCAUGCCCUUCUCCCAGGCCACCCUGCAGUGGGUCAACGACCGCUCGCACAGUGGAAGGGUGGCGGGGCGACAGAGGGUGCUUCUAGUGCAGCCAAGGCCUUUGGUUUGGGAUCGACUGCUUCGUACUCCAGCCGUCGCCGCAGCUCCCCUGCUCCUGUGCCGUCCGGCUCUCCCCUUGAUAGUUUCGACCCUGAAGCAGCACUGGCGGAGGGAGCAGCAGAAGCGGCAGCGGCAGCGGCAGCAGCAGCAGCAGCAGGAGGAGGGGCCGUGCCUUCUCGCAUCUCCCUGCCUCGUGCUGCCUCUGCUGCUGAAGUGCUCGACGCUCCGACCUCUUCCAUCUCCCCUCCUCCCUCCACCACUGCUCUUGCUGCUGCAUCUGCUGAGUCCUCUCAGCAGACUGCAGCAGCAGCCAGCACAGCAGCAGCAGCAGCAGGGCAGCAGAAGCAGCAGCGCAGGGAAGGGUAUGCUCCAGAAGAGAGUGGUGCUGCUGCGUCACGCUCAACCGCUCUUGCUGCUGCUUCCACCGCUUCUCCCUCUGCUGCUGCUGCUGGCAGCCCAUCUGACGACCACACUGCCUUCCUGGCAGCACUCCCGCGUCGCAGGCAAACCCACGCCGGCAUCGCAGCAGCUGCCAUUGCCGCCGUCGACGCUGCAGCGGCUGGAUCAGCUGGUGCCUCCUCCACUCCUCCCAAACCCACAGCAGCAGGGGGGGCAGCAGGAAGCGCAGCGACAGGGGGCGCAGCAGCAAGCAAGCCCCCCGUGCGCAGGCGGGGGCGGCACUCGCGCUCUCUCUCCAUGUCUGAUAUCAUGCCCUCCCCCUCCUCCCUCACAUGGCUCGUUGACGACUCUGCCGCUGCUGGCAACGGUGCAGCAGCAGCAGGCGGAGCAGGCGGAGGGAUGGGAGGAGGGGUGGACAGUCUCCCCAAGUUUCUGGAGGAGUUGGCCCAGCAUGGGUUUGUGGUGUCGGCGUUUGACCGCAGCGAAGGCCGUGUGCUGCACCAAGCAGCGCCGCUCUCCUCCGCUCUUGCCGCUCCCACCCACCCCUCCUCCUCCUCCUCUUCUUCCUCGCUCUUCCACAACCCUCCCGGCCGGUUGUUCUGUCCGGACGGGGCGGGUAGAGGCAGUGGAGGGGAGGGGGAGGGGGGAGGGAAGGAGGGUAGGAAUGAUAAGGACAUGUCGCCUCUUGACCGGCUGUUGGCCCGCAUGCCCCCGCCCCGGCGGUUACAACGGUCCACCACCCCACCUGGUAACCGCAUCGAGAGAGCCAUGUCACCACAGCCGGACAGACGGCGGGAGAUGGGGAAUGAUGUGACUAAAAAGAGGGGGGAUGCUGGGAAAUGGACUGGCGGGGUUGGUGAUGGGGUGAGUGUGACUGUAGGGAGUGGCAGGAGUGGCAGCAGCAGGUUUGGCACCAGCAGCAGUGUUGCCAUGGAGAGUGGUAGCAGCGGGAAUAGCAGUGAUGGUGGUGGGAUUUGUGGGAGUGCCGAGGAGGGUGCACGGGCGGGUUGUGACAGGAUAGGGAGUGAGUGUAGUGGGAAUGGGAUAGUGAGAGAGGAGAACGAAGGUCUUAAUGGGAGAAAAAGGGGUGAGUCUCCUCAGCCUUGUGAGUCGAAUCACAAGGAUGGAGCAGGUGGUGCUGUUUCGUCAGCACCACAAAACGACAAGUUUGACAACCCACUACCACCACAGGAUGCCUUGGCUGUUGGCUGA